ACACUCGCGCUUUUCAAAUCUUCAUUCCCAUCAAAUCCCAUUUUUACUACAUAAUCGUAUUACCGAGCUCCUGACUCGGGAAAAUUCACUUUUAUUUUCAACCAAGAGAAACAGCGGUUAAACUGUGCGUCAACUGCGAUAGAAUGGCGACAAAUCUAUCGGGUUGCAAAGAUGACUGACAGCCGCAGCUGAGGUACUCAAUGUGGAAUAUUCUCAUGGGACCGCAGCGGUUCAAACCGUUAGCCUGAUACGAGGCCAGGCCAUGGGAGAAGCGCUGGCUACAUAACUCCGCAAAUAUGACAACACAAGUGUCACUCGGAUGAGAAGUUGUCACGGGCAAGAGCCCUUUCAGAAGACGCAAGGAAGGAGAGGGGGGAUCCUUUGUUACAGCAGGACAAACAGCUAGCGAGCUGCGACCUCAGUGGUAAGUGGCUGUAGGUAAUGGGACCACUAUGUUGUCCAGAAAAGGACUUAUCCCAGAAGAUUACCUGCGGGCACGGCUGGCCGAGGAUGUCCUGCAGCCGUGCAAGUUCAAGCCAAAACAGAGAAAGGCUCGGUUCGUCGCCAAGAACGGGACCUGCAAUGUUGCCCACACCAACAUUCGAGAACAGGGGCGAUUUCUACAGGACGUUUUUACCACUUUAGUUGAUCUCAAAUGGCUUCACACACUAAUUAUUUUCACAAUGUCGUUCCUGUGCAGUUGGCUUCUGUUCGGGAUGGUAUGGUGGCUCAUAGCCUUUGCUCACGGGGACCUUGAUGAGCAAAGUGACGACUUUGUCCCGUGCGUAACCGACAUACACUCCUUUUCAUCUGCGUUCUUGUUCUCUAUAGAAGUCCAAGUGACUAUCGGUUUCGGGGGUCGCAUGGUCACGGAGGAAUGCUUGUCCGCUAUAUUUGUACUGAUCGUUCAGAACAUCGUGGGUUUGCUCAUAAACGCCAUAAUGCUUGGCUGUAUUUUUAUGAAAACGGCUCAAGCCAACCGGCGGGCAGAGACGUUGAUUUUCAGCAAGCACGCUGUCGUCUCCGUCCGCAACAACAAGCUGUGCUUCAUGAUCAGGCUGGGAGACCUUCGGAAGAGUAUGAUUAUCAGCGCCACCGUGCGGAUGCAGGUGGUAAGGCGGAGCACUACCCAGGAGGGCGAAGUUAUUCCCCUCGACCAGAUAGACAUCCAAAUGGACAAUCCCGUGGGCACCAACGGCAUUUUCCUGGUGUCGCCUCUAAUUAUAUGUCACGUCAUUGACAAGCACAGCCCGCUAUACGAGUUAUCGGCGGAGGACUUGCAGCACGAGGACAUUGAGGUUAUCGUGGUCUUGGAGGGGGUCGUUGAGACCACCGGGAUAACCACCCAGGCCAGGACGUCAUACCUGUCCGAAGAGAUACUGUGGGGGCAGCGUUUCGUCGCCACAAUAAGCGAGGAGGAAGGCAUGUACGCAGUGGAUUACUCCAAGUUCGGUAACACUGCGAAAGUACUUACCCCGUUCUGUAGCGCUAAGAAACUAGAGGAAGGCGGAGGUAUGACGCGGUUCAAACUGCAGGAGAGCGCCACCCCGCGGACGUCCGUGAGAAGGCGCGGCUCUCAGAGAGUCAAGCAGUCUAGCCUUACCACAAAGGCACUUUUUUAAAUAAUGGAAUUGAUGCAUGUCAUCAUUUUUGCCAACGAAAAGCAUUUGUACAAAUUAGAAAGAUAAUUACUUUUAUCUACACAGACUGAAAUUAAAAGCAAAUAUUUCCUAGCCAAGUCUAGCAGUGUGCCUCAUCUACACUGGUACGUUGCUGCUCCAUCUGAAACUCGGGUGUGUGAAUCAGUUCUUCUUGCAUGUGGCCUUGAAACAGCCUUUCACCAGUGAAUGACUUGUGGCAGAGGUCCUGAUGGAGAGAGAGGGUGGACUCCACAGCACUGGAGCACCAGUCCUCAGGGGCCCAGGA